ACUUUAGUAACACUUACAAUUCAUGUGUAUAAUCUAAUUAGUUAAUUUAUGUAUCGCUUGAAAUUAAAUAACACCAGCACAAAUUACUUUUCAAGUAAUUAGAACACAAAGAACUCUAGUAUUUUUAGUUUUAUUUGAUUGUAUCAUAAUUGUGUUAUUAAAAAUCAUUCUUGAAAAAAAAAUAAAAAAUAGAGGAUUUGCUUUCAGGAGUUUCACAGAAUGUUUGAUAUUUACUCUCUUAUGUCUCUUCACCAUAUCCUCACAUAUCUCUUAUUCGUGCAGAGACUUUUGUUUCUACAAAUUUGACAACUGAAGUAAUAUGUUUCAAACCAAUUGUUUUUCGUGGGAAAACGAAUCCUUCGACUGAAAAUAUUUUCAAAACCCAAAGGAACAAUUCUACAACAACGGUUGCCAUCAAUGGCAUCGCAACAGGAUUGAUAUGGGAACAUGCAUGAGAUUACAGAAUCACCGAUGAUGACAUUCAGAAAAUUAAAACCAAUAAAAGAAAGUGCAACAGUGAUAUCGAUCAAUACGUGAGAAUGUAAUGCUUUUGAAAGAACAGAGACCUAGGCAAUAUUUAGGGUUUUGGAUUCAGAGACGUCUGCAGAAUCUGUAACUUUUGUUGGAAUCAAACGCACUCUCCUCUGAUCCUCUCAAAACUCAACAUAGAUUAUUGAUUCUAACCCAGUUUAAGACCCACAAAUCAACGUUGUGGUAUCCACCAAAGUUUGUAAUUUGAAGAAAAUGCCGCAUUCUUUGUUGCUUUUGAAAGAGCCUUUCAAGCUUGAUUCGAUUCUGGAGCCUGCGCCGCCGGGGCCAUUCACGACGUUGACGAAAAUUGUUGGCACCCUGGGACCCAAAUGUCGAUCAGUGGAGAUGUUGGAGAGACUGUUGCGGGCCGGCAUGUCGAUCGCACGGUUCGAUUUCACAUGGGGGAGUGACGCCGAACACCAGGAAACCUUGAACAAUCUUCGAACCGCCAUCAAAAACACUCGGCGGUUGUGCGCUAUCAUGCUCGACACGGUCGGUCCCGAACUCUCCAUCAACAACGCGGCGAAUCAAGCCAUCGAACUGAAGCAAGGCGAUGUGGUGACCCUCUCGCCGGACAAGAAAGAGGUGGCGUCGUCGAAGAUCCUCCCGAUCAACUAUGCAGAUCUCAGUUACCAGGUCAAGCCCCGGGACGAGAUCUUCGUCGGGCAGUAUCUGUACACAGGGAGCGAAACGACGUCAGUGUGGUUGGAGGUCCAGGACACGCAUGGCAGCGUCGUGGAUUGCCUGAUCAAAAACACGGCCACUCUCACGGGGACGCUGUUCACGGCGGUUCCGGCCGGGAUACGCAUCGGGCUACCGACGCUCUCCGAGGCUGACAGAUCGACGAUCGAAACAUGGGGCGUGCGGAAUCAGAUCGACUUUGUGUCGCUCUCGUACACGCGCCACGCGAACGACGUGCGAACCACGCGCGGCUUCUUAAGCAGACUGGGAGAUCUCAAGCAGACGCACGUCUACGCGAAGAUCGAGAACAAGGAAGGGUUGGAGCAUUUCGACGAGAUUCUAAGAGAGGCGGACGGCAUCAUCCUCUCUCGGGGGAACCUCGGGAUUGAUGUGCCGGCGGAAAAAGUGUUCGUGUUCCAGAAAGCCGCCAUCAAAAAGUGCAAUUACGCAGGCAAACCAGUGAUCAUCACCCGCGUGGUGGAUUCCAUGGUGGACAGCCCGCGGCCAACGCGAGCCGAGGCCACCGACGUCGCCAACAUGGUUCUCGACGGCGCCGACUGCAUCAUGCUCGGCGCCGAGACGUACCGCGGCAACUACCCAGUGGAAUCAGUGACCACGGUGCGGUUGAUCUGCGGCGAAGCGGAGAAGGUCUUCAACCAGGCGAUGCAUUUCAAGAAGAUGUGCAAGUUUGUCGGUGAGCCCAUGGCGCAUCUCGAAUCCAUCGCCUCGUCCAGUGUGAAGGCGGCGAUCAAGGUGAAUGCGUCGGUGAUCGUUGUGUUCACGUCGUCGGGGAAAGUGGCUCGCUUGGUGUCCAAGUACCGACCUUCGAUGCCCGUGCUGGUGGUGGUGAUUCCGCGGCUCUCUACCGACAAAAUGCGGUGGACUUUCACGGGUGCCAUUCAAGCCCGGCAGUGCUUGAUCUCUCGGGGGCUCUUCCCCAUGCUCGCGGAUCCUCGACAUCCCGCCGACACCUCGUCCAACUGCACCAAUGAGUCCAUUUUGAAGGUUGCCUUGGAGCAUGGAAAGGCAGCUGGGAUUAUAAACGUGAAAGAUCGAGUUGUAAUAUGCCAAAAGAUUGGGGAUUCAUCAAUAGUUAAAAUUCUGGAAAUUGAAAGUUAAAAUGAGAGCAGUGCCUAGAUUGUUUUGGGUCACUGUUUUAUUGUUAUUUUUAUUUAAUUUGCUCUUCAGGUAUUUUGUGUUGAUUUGCAUGCUUAUUGUAUUUAUAAAUUUAUUUAUGUGUGCACGGUAUGUAACAUAACGUGCAUGUUUGUUGAUAAAUAUGUCAGUUAAAAAUUGUUGUUUUCAUUGGUUUGCAAUGGUAUUAACACAACAAAUGUUUUUUCAUUUCUUUAGUGAAAAUAUAAAAUGUUUGUAGAGCAAUAUACUUUUUUUUAUACAAUAUUAAUGUAAGAAGCAAUUAAAAAAAAAUCACAAUUA